ACUCGCUGCCAUUUGCAAGAGAAAAAUCGUGGGGCUCAGUUUCGGUUUAAAAGUUGUUCGUUGCAGUUGGAUCGGUCGAUGAAUUGUAGAUAUAAACCUCUAGAAAAUCAAUUCCAACCAGAAGCUUCUAACUUGCUCAGCAGGCGGCGUCUUUUCCCACAAAUUAUCGAUUUUGCGCCUAAUGUGAAAAGUCUGCAACUCCCAAGGGCUGUGAAAAGUAUAGAAAAAGUAUUUUUAUAACUCCAACGGAUAUAAAUCCACGGCUGUACAUAGUGAGUGUGUGCGAUGGCGGCCAAAAGAAACUCGGCGGCCACUGAUGCUCCGGAAAGCUUGCCGGUUCCGACCGAAGGCACCGCCCUCGCCCUGGACCCGCGCCUCUCCAAACGCGUGGAGAGUGUUAUUCCCAAGAAACGCCACGAGGCCUUAAAAUGGUUCGGUUGGGGCUACAAUGACUCCCAGUUCUACGGGCAAGAUGGCAUCAUCUGCUUUCGCGGCGAAAAAUAUCCCCUUGGAGGGUGCGAGCUGCCCAGCUUCACCAAGUGGGUGGAGGACAAGUUCGAGAUGAAAGUGGAUCAAUCGAAGCCGUUCCCCCAGCUGCCGAAAUCCUAUCCACGACCAGUGGACAAUGCAGCAUUCCUGCGCGAAUUAAAAGACUCCACCAAGGUGGACUUCUCUCUGGAGGGGAUCGAUCGACUGGUGCGCUGUCAUGGUCAGACCCUCAACGACAUCUACAGUCUCUGGCAUCACAAAUUCCGCCGGAUUCCCGACUUGGUGGUGUGGCCUCGUUGCCACGACGAGGUGGUCCAGCUGGUACGUUUAGCCCACAAGCACGACGUGAUGCUGCUGCCUUAUGGCGGAGGAACUAGUGUCUCCGGCGCCAUAACCUGCCCCCAGAAUGAAAGGCGAAUGAUCUGCGUCCUGGACACCUCGCAGAUGAAUCGCUUGCUGUGGCUGAACAAGGAAAACCUGACCGUGUGCUUCGAGUCUGGCAUUGUAGGCCAGGAUCUGGAGAGGGUCCUGCGCGAAAAGGGCCUAACGGUGGGCCAUGAGCCGGACUCCUACGAGUUCAGUACCCUGGGCGGCUGGGUGGCCACUCGAGCCUCGGGCAUGAAGAAGAAUGUGUACGGCAACAUCGAGGACCUGGUGGUGCGGGUGCGGAUGGUCACUCCGUCGGGCACGCUGGAGCGGGAAUGCAGUGCCCCCCGGGUGAGCUGUGGCCCGGAUUUCAAUCACAUGAUCCUGGGAUCGGAGGGAACUCUAGGUGUGAUAACCGAAGUAGUGCUCAAAGUGCGUCCUUUGCCUUCUGUGCGGCGCUAUGGAUCUUUGGCCUUCCCCAACUUCGAGCAGGGUGUGCUCUUCAUGCGCGAAGUGGCCCGCCGACGCUGCCAACCGGCCUCCGUCCGGCUGAUGGACAACGAGCAGUUCAUGUUCGGCCAGGCCCUCAAGCCGGAAAAAAGCUGGUGGUCCAGCUUUGUGGAUGGCCUGAAGCAGCGCUACGUGACUGCCUGGAAGGGCAUCGACCUGAACGAAAUCUGUGCCGCCACUUUGCUCUUCGAGGGCGUGGAGAAGGAGGUGCAGCGCCAGGAGUCGCUCAUCUACGAGAUAGCGGCCAAGUUUAAGGGUUUUCCAGCUGGUGGGCAAAAUGGAGAACGUGGCUAUGUUCUGACCUUUGUGAUUGCUUACAUUAGGGACUUUGCUUUAUGGCAGGGUAUCGUGGCAGAGUCCUUCGAGACCUCAGUGCCCUGGGACCGUUGCAGUUUGCUUUGUCGUUCCGUUAAGCAAAAAGUUGUAUCUGAGUGUCAAAAACGGAGCAUUACCUUCUACACCAUCUCUUGCCGGGUGACCCAGACCUAUGAUGCUGGUGCCUGUAUCUACUUUUACUUUGGCUUCCGGUGCCUGGAUGUGGCCAAUCCCGUGGAGCUUUUCGAGGCCAUUGAACACAGUGCUCGUGAGGAGAUCCUGUCCUGUGGUGGUUCCUUGUCCCAUCACCAUGGAGUCGGGAAAGUGAGGAGUCAUUGGUACCGCAGUGCCGUCACCGAUACGGGCAGUGCCCUGUAUACCGCAACCAAAAAGCAUCUUGACCCAAAGAACAUCUUUGCGUUGGGCAACCUACUGCCCGAGAAGGAUGCCUCACCAAAGACAGAAGUAGUCAUCCCAGCACUAUCGACGACACCACCAAAGGCCAAACUAUAGAGGGUAGAAGAUUGAAAGAGUGCCCUUAGUUCAAGUACUAGUCUUAGAUCCAUUUUCCUAGUCGCUUUUUGGGGAGUACACCAAUCCCACAUUGUUUGGGUUUCCAGUUCAUUUGUAGCGGGCUCAUGUUUUCUAUGGGUUUUGAUAAAUAAAUAUGGAAUAUUUGUAA